AUGAGGAAGAACGGAGUAAAUAUAUUGGUAACGGGUACUCCGGGUGUGGGUAAAACGACAUUGUGUAAACGCGUCGUGGAUGACGUCGGACUCAAGUACCUAAAUAUAGCCGAUCUCAUUAAAGCUGAAAAGCUGCACUCAGAAUGGGAUGACGAGCUAGAUUGUUCGAUAUACGAUGAGAAGCUUCUGAAAAAAGCAUUGGCCAAAAAAGAAUUAAAUUCGGGUGGAUACCUUCUGGAUUUCCACUCAGUGGAAGGGAUCGAUGAGGACGAUAUAGAUCACGUUAUUGUGCUCACUGUGGAGAUUGAGAACCUCAGCCAAAGGCUCACUGACCGUAGCUACAGUGAUAAAAAAAUUGAUGCUAAUAUAGAGGCAGAGAUAUUUAAGGUAUGCCUACAAGAUGCAGUGGACCUGUUCGGAGAAGAACGGGUGACAGAGCUACCAAAUAAUACAGAAGAAGAAUCACUAUGUGCGUUAGAACACAUUAAAAAGUUGGUAAAAGCGUAA